CUUUCAAUUUUUGCUGAUAACGCGAUCGAACCACAUUACCAGAGAUGAAGAUGAUCGGAUUUUGCAGUCGAUUUUCUGAUGAUCGGAGAGACUUUGUUUUCCCUGCACUAGAUCUAUGAAGCCGUCAAAUACAUAGAUCUAACUGGAGCUCCAUUUUCUCAUACCAAAGUUGAGAAAAUGAGAGGCAAGCCAUCAGGAAGAAAAUAGUGAGAAUAAAGGGGUAGAGUUGCAGUGCUCACUUUGUGGAGCGAACACAACCAAAAAUUUUCCAAAAAAAUGAGAACGGAAAAGAAGAGCUCGAUUUUGGUACAUUUCUCUUCUUCAUUCUCGGCUUUUCUUUGAUUUUCUUGAAAUAUUGUUCUUCAGAUCUCUGGAAAUAUCGCCUGUUUGUUUCCUGAUAUUCUGUGCAUUACUUUCUUUUUUAGUAAUGGCGGCGUCUUAGGGUUUGCUGAUACUGCAUUUGCAGAUUUACGUAGUAACAUACUCGGGAGUUUAGUUAUUUUUGUUUUACGGAGAUGGGGAAGUCGCCUGGAAGAUGGAUUAAGAACUUGCUUCUCGGGAAGAAAUCAUCUAAGUCCAAUUUGUCAAAAGGAGGAGAAGUUGAAAGAAGAAGGGUUGGUUUCUUCUCAGGUAACAGUAUCAGACUUCUCAGUAGCUCCUCAGUCAAUUUCAGCACCUAUUCCAGCAAACUAGGAACGGAGUCAACUUUGAGAAGGACAUAUGUUCUGACUUGUGAAAUGAUGGGGUUAAUGUUGCAUCUAUAAAAAAAUGUUGGAGAUCAUGAUGUGAACAGUAAUUUGAGUCCCCAGGAAGAUUCUCAGAGCCUUAGGCUUGAGCAAGCUGCUACAAAGGCACAAGCCUUUUAGAGGCUGCCUGGUAUUUACUUGUGCUUGAAAUUGUCUAUGAAACUUGAAAGCUACUUAACACCAUAGUUUCUAGUAUGUUGUGUUGAAACUCUUCUGAAUUUCAUAUUAGAUGUUUCAGUUUGCAUCAUACAUUUUGUGCGAUGAUAGUUGAUUAUUUUUAAAGAUAAAAUCUAGUUGAGCUGGGCUUAAAUUUAUUAUUCUGAACUAUAUAUAAUUCACAACUUUGUUCCAUUGCAUGAUUGCCAGUACUUUUUGAAUAGUUCUUAGUUCAAUAAACAUAAAUAUGCUGCAUGCUGCUUCUACUUUUUCCAUUGUAGAAGAAAAAUAUUCCUGAAAAGAUUUUUUCUUUCAAAUGUUGUCUUUUCCAGAGGCUAUUUGUACAAUUGAACUUAGCUUCUACAUGCUGCAUAUGAAAUUUCCACUUGCUGCACACUGUUCCUGCUGUAAAAGAAGACUAAUGUAAGCCUUGCUAUUUAGACUUCACAACCUUUUGUUGUCUAUGGCAAUGGAUUGUGUGGCGAGUUAGCCAUUUGAAUAAAGGUGACUUGUCAGA